AUGUUCUCGAAACGGUGCUUCUCCGUAUCACUUGUAGUUGCUGAGCACAAGAACGUUGACAACCAGGCAACCACCUCGAAGAAGAACGGGCCAGCUACGGUCAUAACCACCUCCACACUCGCUGCCAUCCAGGCGUCCUCUGCGUUCCUACAACCCGUGGAGGUUCUUGUAUGUGCAGAAGGAUCCGCCGCCGACUCCCUCACUGACCAGCUGAGACAGCGACAUGGUGUCGCUAAGGUGUUGCGGUGCUCUGGCAACUCUGCCCAGAUUUGCCAAGCAGAUGCUCUCGCCUUGCUGAUAAGUCGGCUUCAGCGCGAACGGGAUGUAUCGGUCAUUUGCGGUGCGGCCGGGAGCGUUUGCAGGGAUGUCCUACCUCGGCUGGCAGCUCUCCUAGACGUCCAGCCGAUUGCUGAUGUGGUGGCAAUCAAGACGAGUAGAAGCAUGGACGCGGUUACAUUCGUGAGGCCGGUCUACGCAGGCAGCGCACUUUGCUCUUUUGCAUCAUCCGAAAAGAUCAAAAUUGUCACAGUUCGUACGGCGGCAUUUACUCCUGGAGAGACUGCAGGCACGAGGGCAGCAGGCGACCGCGCCCCCGUUGAAGACUUGUGUGUUACCGCUGCAUCCUCUGAUCUGGCGUGGCUAACCGAAGACCUCACAGCGACCAAUAAGCCGCAGCUUGACGCAGCUGAAGUGGUGGUAACUGGGGGCCGCGGCCUGAAGAGCGCAUCCAAUUUUUCCAAUAUCUUGGAGCCACUGAGGGCUAAGCUUCGAAACGCGGCAAUAGGAGCAUCGCGGGCGGCCGUCGACGCCGGCUACGCUUCGAACGACCUACAGAUUGGGCAAACCGGGAAAGUGGUUGCACCUCGCUUGUACAUCGCCGUGGGCGUCAGCGGGGCGAGCCAACAUCUUGCAGGAAUGAAAGAUUCGAAAGUCGUAGUCGCAAUCAACAACGAUCCUUGUGCGCCUAUUUUCCAGGUCUCAGACUACUACUUGGAAGGUGAUUUGUUUCAGGCCGUACCGGAACUGACUAGCAAAUUACCUGAGCAAUAG